UCCUCCCUCCUCCUCCUCCUGCGGGCUGCUGGCCGGGCUUUUGUUGUGCUGGGCUCCCCGCUCCGCACGUGAGAGCCGCGGCAGCCCCAUGCGGCCCUCGGGGGCGGCCCCGCCGCCGGCCCGCCGGCAGCCUCGCCCCGCCGCCCGCCCGCUGCCCUAGCGGCGAGCCCGGCACCGCCAGCGGCACCGCCAGCGGCACCCAGCCGAGCCGAGGCGAGCCGAGCUCCGUGCGGCGGGGCAGGGCAGGGCAGGGCAGGGAGGCGGGCGGCCGGCACAGCCCCACGCCAUGGCGGCGGCCGCCGCCAGCCCCGGCAGCCCCGCCGGAGCCCUGCCAGCCCCGCCGCCGGAGCCCUGCCCCAGGAAGGGGCCGCUGCCAGCGGGGACGGCACCGGCACCGGCAGCGGGACCAGCACCGGGAGCGGGGCUGGCGGCGGUGCCGCCGCGCAGCGACCCCCGGCGCAGGCAGGCCGCGCUGUCCUUCCUCACCAGCAUCUCCCUGGACGGGCGGCCCCCGCCGCCCCCUCCGGCCGACGGCCCCGCCGCCAGGCUCCGCCAGGCUCCGCCGCAGCCCCCCCCGCGGCUGGGCAGCCCCCCGGCCGCGCCCGCUGAGCCCCCCCGGCCCCGCGGCGGGGCGGAGGAGGAGGAGGAGGAGGAGGAGGAAGGCGGCGGCGGGGAGGACGAGGAGCAGCAGCAGCAGCAGGAGGAGGAAGAGGAGGAGGAGGAGGAGGACGCCUUCGCCGCCGUGCAGGUGCCGGCUGCCGCCUUCCUGGGCGCCGCGGCGGCGGCGGGGGGGAGCCGCGGCCGCCUCAACUCCUUCACGGCCGGGGUGCUGCCCGUGCCCUUCGGCCGCCACAGCCCCCAGGGAGGAGGAGGAGGAGGAGGAGGAGGAGGGGGCUGCGAGCUGGGGCAGCCCGGCCCCGCCGCCGCCUUCGAGCUGCAGCGCUCCCGACGGCGGCUGAUCUCCCAGCGAUCUUCUCUGGAGACUUUGGAGGACAUUGAGGAAAAUGCCCCGCUAAGGAGAUGUCGGACUCUCUCAGGAUCACCCAGACCAAAGAACUUUAAGAAGGUCCAUUUUAUCAAGAACAUGCGGCAGCACGACACCAGAAACGGCAGAAUAGUCCUUAUCAGCAGCAGAAGAUCCUUCUGUAGCAUAUUUUCAGUGCUGCCAUAUCGAGACUGUACCCAAGUCGGGGAUAUGAAGUUGGAUGGUGGGCGCCAGUGCCAUUCUGCUGGAGUGUGUCUGAAGGAGAUCAUCGGUCUUGAAGGAGUGGAGCUCGGAGCAGACGGCAAGACGGUUUCAUACACACAGUUCCUAUUUCCAACCAAUGCUCUGGGAACUCGGAGGAACACAAUAGACUCCACCUCAUCCUUCUCCCAAUUUCGCAAUGCAAGCCAUCGUAGCCUUUCUCUGGCAAGAGCUAACAGCACCCAGGGGAGCAUUGAUGCAGGCAGUGACCUGGGAGACUACGUGGAAUAUGACCCCAAUCUUUUAGAUGAUCCCCAGUGGCCAUGUGGCAAACACAAGCGGGUUUUAAUAUUUCCUUCGUAUAUGACCACAGUCAUAGACUACGUGAAGCCAUCAGAUCUGAAGAAGGACAUGAACGAGACCUUUAAGGAGAAGUUCCCUCACAUCAAGUUAACCCUCAGUAAAAUAAGAAGCUUGAAGAGAGAGAUGCGCAAGCUUGCUCAAGAAGAAUGUGGUUUUGAAGAGCCCACGGUAGCCAUGGCCUUUGUCUACUUUGAGAAGCUCGCUCUCAAGGGGAAGCUGAACAAGCAGAAUAGAAAGCUUUGUGCUGGAGCCUGUGUUCUUUUAGCAGCCAAAAUUGGCAGUGACCUCAGAAAACACGAAGUCAAACAUCUUAUAGAUAAACUGGAAGAGAAGUUUCGGCUGAACAGGCGAGAGCUGAUCGCCUUCGAAUUCCCAGUGCUGGUGGCCUUGGAGUUUGCUCUCCACCUUCCUGAGCACGAAGUGAUGCCACACUACAGACGCUUGAUCCAGAGCUCCUAGCACUGGCUGCCCUCCUGGGAAGGGGCUCUGGACUGUUCCCACUCGGCUCUCUUGAGCUGCAGUUACUACUGGAAAUGCAAAAUCAGACUCCUAACACUUCACUCUCUCCCUUUCCAAACCAGUUUUUCCAGCGACUGAUAGGAGACACUGUGUUGACGUAAGACUCUCAGCUUUGACAAAUUGACGUGUCGUUACUUUCUCAGAGCAGGUAGGGACUGAGAUGUUGGUACACGGUGAACGUGCUGAAACUGGGUGGCAACUGACCCUGCCUGCGGGGACUACAGACAUAAAAGUUACCUGUCAUCAGUCAGACAGAGAUACGAAGGGCGUCCUUCAUUACCACCCCUCCCUCAAUCACACAAACCCCGAAAGCCCACGUGAGUGCAUUCUCAUAGCGCUUUUUCUACAGACCUGCUGCAACUUACAAAAGGACUCCCUGACGUUGUGAAAAAGCUUUUCAAAGAGGAUAUCUUCACUGUGUCAAAAAAAAAAAAAAGAAUGUGCCAAUCUAUUUUUGUAUCAGCAAUUGAAAGUGCACUUUUUCCUGUGGGGUGUUUGUGUGUGUAUCCAUGUGUGUGUGCGUGCGUGCCACUGGCCUGAUCUCGGUGCAGGUGGUUGGCUCAGCGUGGAUCAGUUACUGAUGGCGAAGAUCAAGGCGACCUUCCGUGUUUACUUCUUGAAAAACAUAACUACUGGAAAAGUGGUAAAUGGGAUCAUUUUUGGACAUUUUUGUUUUGUUUUGUUUUGGUUUUUAUUGUUUUAAUUCUCUGAUCUUUCCAACAUUUUACCUUUGAAAGGAUGACACUACUAUUACGAGAGAAGGAUCAGCAACUGACCAUAAGUUUUCAGUCGUGUUUGUGAUAAAGACGAAAGCAUUAGUAUGAGAUUUCCAUGUCAUGUUUUUUAAAAAAUAUCUUGUGUUAAGCCACAUGCAUAUUUUUAACCUUCGCACUUUUCCCACUGUGGAGAUGGUUAGACUUGCACUCUGUAGUGUUGUAUUUCUGUGCUCUAUGUUAGAGUGCGUAAUAAGCACAUUUAUUGUGCUGUAUCUUAAAACAGUGUUUUAUUAAAAAAAAAAAAAAAAAAAGUAGGGCUCAGCAGUAUAACAGGUGUCUUAAGGCUCCAACAGCAGGGGCAUCAGCUGUUCAAGUUUUGGUUUUUAACGAGAAUUGACUGUGCAAAACCUAAAAACCCGUGCCCAUUCGAGUUAAAGGUCCAGUUCCUUUAGACAUUUCAAUACUGGAGUUUUACAGGAAAACUUCUUGCAGCUUCCGUGGCUCCGACGGGACACCCAGAAAGCCAGGGGAGCUUCAGCCAAGCUCCCCGAUGCCACGUGCACCCCGUGCUCGCGCCGCGCUGACGGACACCGUCCUGUCAUUGUUGCGCGGUGGGGUUACGCCUGCCUCCAACCUCCUCUUGUGCAGAUUCACUCAGUAACAAGCCUUGCCCUCAACAUGCCCCGCACGGAUCCAGUGAAGUCAGAUGCUUACACUGAUGGUAUUGAAACAAACAAACAAAAAAAUCUCAAGCAGGAGAUUUUUAGCUGAAGCCUUACCUCUCUAAGUCUGGGAGUGCUUGCUCAGAGUAUGGAAAGGGCUUGUGAGCAGAGCGUAGAGAAGUGGGACAUAGCAGAGGAUGUAAACACACUAAUGCUUACUUUCUUUCGCUUUUACUUUUAACCGGUUUUAUUAUUUCCUUCAGUUAGGCCAGGAAACAUCCAGUUUCUUUACCAGUUUUGACUCCUUUAAAUUCUAGUAUGAAAAACGCCUGCAUAUGAAUACUCUAUAGGAUCUGGAAAGGUUGUACGAAACGUGUCAGGACAAACGGGAAUUCGCUUGAUGCUGUUGCUCUCCCUCCAUUUUAAGGGGGAGGGCCACUGGGCUGGCUUACAGUUAUUGCUAACACUUGCCUAAUUAUGAUCAGAUACAUUCCAACAGGAUUGGGGGGGGUGGCCAAAGAGAGAAGCGUGCACCUCCCGCCCCGGUGCAACUCCCCAGGCUGCUGCAAUCCCUGCGUCGCUCCUGCUCCCUGCUGCCUCCCUCCCCGGCAGCCCCGGAGGAGAAGGGCCCAGAGCCUGCAGUGCUCAGCACCUACAGCUGCCCCUCGGCUGAUUCAGCCCCGGGCAGUGGUGUAGCUGGCUGGGCUGCAAAGCAAAACCGUCAGCGGCUCUGCUACGAGGCCCUCCCACCCCUGGCUGCAUCCCUCCCCACCAAAAUCAUGUAUAUACAUUCAAGAUUUGCUUCUGAUGGCAGAGAUCUGUUCCUAAGAGCGACCACUCGAAGCUAAGUGGAAGCUUUACCUUUCUGUAAAGGCUUCCGCGUUUUGCUUUUGAGUCUCGAUUUUUUAUUUUUUUUUUUAUGUUGCUUUAUAGUAUUGCAGGGAAAAAAAACAAAAAAAAACACAAAUUGUGAUUGCAAGAUACAGACUAAAGAAUGACAGUCUUACAGUAGUCUUUAGAGACGCUAUUGAAUCAUGCUGUCACCUCUUUUGUCUUCUGUGCUGCUACCCGACCCUGAGCUACAGUUUACACGGAUUUCUGGGAGGAAAUCUGCUUGCUGGAGACUUUCUGCUUUUUGGUUUCGUCAUUUUGGGGGCGGGAAAGGGUUUGGGAGUGCUGUUGAGUUACAGUUUGAAUGUGGAAUGAACACUUCAGAUGGUGAUGAUGUUGCACUGUUCACUUAGGGAACGUAUAUAAAGCCAUACGAUGCUAGAUCUCAAAGCACAAAGCUGGGUCAGUACAAUUGUGGUUAGGACAAUGGGCAGCAUUUGCCCCCCCUUUCUCCCCAACCCUUGGAAAAUUCAGGCUGAAGCGACAGAAGAAAUCUGUACUAAACAACAACAAAAAAAAUUGAUUGUUUGCCUUUGUCUUACAUGGUAAUGAGUGUUGAUUUACAGAUGAUUUUAGGUUCAACUUUCAAUAGUGUGGGAAAUGAUCCAUUCCAUAUCACUUGUUCUGUUUGGAAAUUAUCUACCAUACACUCUACCAUGCAGAGUUUUUUUCCUUUUUCUAAAAAAAAAAUAAAAAAUAAUAAAAGUUUUAAAAAAAUUUGAAAA